AUGUUGCUUUGUCAUGGCAACUUGACAGGAUUUUCCUCUGAAUUGACCUUUUCUAGGCUUGAUAGCAGUUGGGAUCCCCGAUAAGGCUGACGCUGUUAGUUGUACACAGGUUUGGUGAUGUGUGCCACAGGAGUAUUUAUUGGACUCGCUGAGCCAUAACCUGGAAGCAUAUUAAGUGGGGAAUUGCUUGGAAACAACAGGGCACAUAACCACUGUCCAUUUAUAUAGCACCUAUACCAAAACAUGUUCACGCGUGGACAAAAUUGUUGGUACUCUUCCAUUAAAGAGAGAAAAUCACAAAGUACACAGAAAUACAGCAGAUUUGCCACAUCCAAUAUGGCAGACGCUCCGAUGUAUCGCAGCAACGGGCCAACCUGUUCUAUUAUUUUGUGGGUCUAUGGCUGCCACGAAGAAGAAAAAUAACCCGUAGAAGAAGAAUUCUGACCCUGCAUUUUUGGUCGUUUGCGGAAGUCAACAUGGACAACUUGUUUAAUGGCAGAGACGCAUCCAUAAAUUCAUCAUUAAAAGACGAGUUCUAUGCAGAUUUCCUGGCGGGGGACUUCGAUGUUAAGCUAUAUACUGCUCAAGCUAUCCAUCAUGCUGUCAUUGCUGAACAGUUAGCCAAGCUAGCGCAAGGAAUCAGUCAACUUGAUAAAGAGCUGCACAGCCAGGUGGUAGCCAGACACGAGGACUUAUUGGCUCAGGCAACUGGAAUCGAGUCUCUUGAAGGGGUCCUCCAGAUGAUGCAGACAAGGAUCAGUGCUCUACAGGCAGCUGUUGACAGGAUAAGAACCAAAAUAGUUGACCCAUACAACAAGAUUGUGGCCAGGAUUACUCAGCUCGGCAGAUUACAGGUGGCCUGCGACCUUCUGAGGAGAAUUAUUCGGAUCUUGCACCUAAGUAAGAGGCUUCAGGUUCAGCUUCAGGGUGGCAGUCGGGAGAUAACGAAGGCUGCUCACAGUCUCAACGAACUAGAUUAUCUGUCACAAGGAGUCGAUUUGAGCGGCAUUGAGGUGAUUGAGAAUGAUCUGGUGCUGAUCAGUAGAGCAAGGCUGGAGGUGGAGAACCAGGCCAAGCGAUUGUUGGAGCAGGGCACAGAGAUUCAGAAUCCAACGCAAGUUGGCACAGCCUUGCAGGUGUUCUACAACCUUGGUAGUCUGAGGGAGACGGUCAGCUCUGUUGUGGGCGCUUACCAGACUAGCAUACAAGACAGCAUCAAAAGUGCUCUGGACAUUAAGGGCCUGACACAGCCAGCCAACCCUAGAGGUGCCCCUGGGAGAGCAGUACUCCCAACUCCAGGCAGCACAGCAGCUUUCCGUGCUGCUCUCUGGACAAACCUGGAGAAACUAAUGGACCAGAUAUUCGCCGCAUGCAAACAGGUGCAACAUCUUCAGACGGUCCUGAUGAAGAAGAGAGACCCUGUCACUCAUAGGUGUUUCAUCGAUGAGAUUAUUAAGGAUGGUGAGCCUGAUAUACUUUACACCUUUUGGACUGACGUAACUAAAACAUUAAGAGAAGAGUUUCACAAAGCAACUCAAGCCUCAUCUUACCUGAAGCAAGCGUUUGAAGGAGAAUAUCCCAAAUUGUUGCGGCUGUACAAUGAGCUAUGGCGCCGCCUCGAGCAGUAUAGUGCCAGCCUGCACAGCUCACUCAUAAACAGUGGCGGUAUGGAUGGCACCUUUGAGCCAGAAACAGACAGCCUUGACCUAUUCUCUCAAAGCAAUCAAGACUACAACGCCAAGAGGGCUCUCAAGGAUUCUCUUCACCCGUACGAAGCAGCUUACCUCUCCAAGUCUCUCUCUCGCCUGUUUGAUCCGAUAAACCUCGUGUUUCCAAUGGGUGGGCGCAACCCCCCCUCCAAUGAGGAGUUGGACAGCAUCAUCAAGACUAUCAGCAGCGAGCUGAAUGUAGCAUCUAUGGAUUCCGACCUCUCUCUCGCUGUUGCCAAGAAUGCUGCCAAGACUGUUCAACUCUUCUGUGUCAAGUCUGAGCAGCUGUUGUGUACUCAGAGUGAUGCCAGUCAGGUGAUUGGUCCGUUAUCGGAGGGGCAGAGGAGGAACACUGCAGUGGUCAACUCACUCCACCGUCUGCAGCAGGCUGUUACCAAGAUCAUUUCUGGUUUGGGGUCAAGUCUGACAGCUCCCGCAGAGGCCCUUUCUUCUUCUUUGGAGGAAGUGCACGCCCUGAUGAGCAGUGCGGUGCAGCCUCUCUUGCAGUCCGUAAAUGAUUCUAUAGAGGCCAUCAUCAUCACGCUACACCAGGAGGACUUCGCAGGCAAGCUGCCCAAUCCUGCUAAGCCUGAUGUUCUCUGCUCACUCUACAUGAAGGAGUUGCAGGGCUUUAUCUCCAGAGUAAUGACUGACUACUUCCGACACUUCGAGUGUACGGACUUCAUCUACGAAAGCACCGAGUCCAUUGCUCAGAGAGCCAUCGAGCUGUUCGUACGGCACGCCAGCUUGUUGCGCCCACUGGGCGAAGGCGGAAAGAUGCGUUUGGCCGCUGACUUCGCACAAAUGGAGCUGGCUGUGGCUCCACUAUGCAGAAGAGUGUCUGAUUUGGGGAAACCUUACAGAGUGCUUCGAUCCUUUCGGCCACUGCUGUUUCAGACAAGCAAUCUGGUAGUCAAGAGCCCAGCUGUGGGUGACUUGAUUCCUCACAGCACUGUGCUUCACUUCCUCUUCACCAGGGCUCCGUCUGAGCUCAAGUCACCUUACCAGAGAGCAGAGUGGUCCAUCGCUCGUUACUCCCAGUGGCUGGAUGACCAUCCCUCAGAGAGAGACCGUCUCACGCUCAUCAGGGGCACUUUGGAGGCGUACGUCCAGUCUGUCAGGGCUCGGCAGGGGAAGGAGUUUGCACCAGUCUAUCCCAUAAUGCUCCAGCUAUUGCAGAGAGCCACUGCAUCGGAAGUGAAAGGAUGACGACAACCGAAUGCUUAAAAUGGAGUCCAGCCAUGGCAUCACACAGGACGGGGUCAGCGAUUUCCGGCGACUGGUUAUGACGUCAAGAGAAGUGAGCGACGUGCUUCCGGCGGCCACCUUGAUGGGGGCAACGGUGCCGAGGCAAUGCACAAACAUUGAAAGUUAUCGCUUGCGCGUUUCUCAAUCGAGUUUCAUAAGGUUUACCUUUUUCAAGGUCAAAAUGAGCUGUUAAUCCAGAACAGUUGAUUUAAAUGAAAAAAUAAAGCCAAAAAAGGUUUCAUGUCACUUAAAACUAUCCUACCUGAAACAUGCAGACCCUCAAUUUUUUUUUUUGGUUGUCCUCCAUUGACAUCUUGUGGUCAAGCAAUAUUACUACACAACUUCAAAAUCUAGUUUUCAUUUUGAAUUUUGGUUUAUUUGUGUCAUAGUCUGAUCUCAUUUUUGGUCAAAUUGUAAACGUUUUGUCGUCUUACCUUUGCUGUACUUGUGGAUGAAGUCUCCCUCGUAACAAAAAUCCCUGUUACUUUCUUGUAAAAGUCCUAAUUAUCUCCUUGGAACUUCAAAAGUGAAAAGAUCAUUGCCAGUAAAGAAAGUCUUCCUCGA